AUGGAUAACAUAGGUGAAGAUGAACAUGAGGAGGAAUUGGACUUCCAUCUUGGGACUGCUGAUGAUAGCAGUUCGGAUGAUGAAAACAUGUCGUUGAAUUCAAGUUUAUCAUCAAUGGGAAAGGAUGUUGGUGGGGAUGCACAAAGAGAUGCACCGCUAGUUUGUGACGAUGUUUCAUAUGUCCAUACUAAUGAAACACAACAUUUGCGUAUGGAGGAAGAUGGCAACUGUACUUAUGACCAGGAUAUAUUUACGAGAAUGGCAGCUGGUGUAGAGAUGAACAAUACAUUGGAUGAGUACUGA